CCUCCCUCCCCCCUCCCGGCUCUCGCUCGCGCUCUCAGCUCCGCGGCUCUCUGCCUCGCUCCCUCUCCUCGGGCGGAGUCGCCCACCGCUGCCAGCCCCGUGCUGGGGGGACCCGUCCCAGGCCACCACCGCAGGACCCCGUCACCUCCCAUGGCUGCCUUGGCCUUGCUGGGGGCCACACUCCUGCUGGGGGCUCCCCCAUGUUCUGGGACAGCCACUCCGACCCCUUCCCUGCCGCCUCCCCCGGCCAAUGACAGCGACGCCAACACAGGGGGCUGCCAGGGCUCCUACCGCUGCCAACCCGGGGUGCUGCUGCCUGUGUGGGAGCCGGACGACCCAUCGCUGGGCGACAAGGCCGCACGUGCUGUGGUGUACUUCGUGGCCAUGGUCUACAUGUUCCUGGGCGUGUCCAUCAUCGCUGACCGCUUCAUGGCAUCCAUCGAGGUCAUCACAUCCAAGGAGAAGGAGAUCACCAUCACCAAGGCCAACGGCGAGACCAGUGUGGGCACCGUGCGCAUCUGGAACGAGACCGUGUCCAACCUCACGCUUAUGGCCCUGGGCUCCUCUGCGCCUGAGAUCCUGCUGUCUGUCAUCGAGGUCUGUGGCCACAACUUCCAGGCGGGCGAGCUGGGCCCGGGCACCAUCGUGGGCAGCGCCGCCUUCAACAUGUUCGUGGUCAUCGCCGUUUGUGUCUACGUCAUCCCCGCUGGCGAGAGCCGCAAGAUCAAGCACCUGAGGGUCUUCUUUGUCACCGCCUCUUGGAGUAUCUUUGCCUACGUCUGGCUUUAUCUCAUCCUGGCUGUGUUUUCCCCAGGCGUGGUCCAGGUGUGGGAGGCGCUGCUGACGCUCGUCUUCUUCCCGGUGUGCGUGGUGUUCGCCUGGAUGGCCGACAAGCGGCUGCUCUUCUACAAGUACGUGUACAAGCGCUACCGCACCGACCCGCGCAGCGGCAUCAUCAUCGGCGCCGAGGGCGACCCGCCCAAGAGCAUCGAGCUGGACGGCACCUUCGUGGGCGCCGAGGCGCCGGGCGAGCUGGGCGCGCUGGGCCCGGGCCCCGCCGAGGCGCGCGAGCUGGACGCCAGCCGCCGCGAGGUCAUCCAGAUCCUCAAGGACCUCAAGCAGAAGCACCCGGACAAGGACCUGGAGCAGCUGGUGGGCAUCGCCAACUACUAUGCGCUGCUGCACCAGCAGAAGAGCCGCGCCUUCUACCGCAUCCAGGCCACGCGGCUGAUGACCGGCGCCGGCAACGUGCUGCGGCGCCACGCGGCGGACGCGUCGCGCAGGGCGGCGCCGCCAGAGGGCGCCGGCGAGGACGAGGACGACGGCGCCAGCCGCAUCUUCUUCGAGCCCAGCCUGUACCACUGCCUGGAGAACUGCGGCUCCGUGCUGCUGUCCGUCACCUGCCAGGGCGGCGAGGGCAACAGUACCUUCUACGUGGACUACCGCACGGAGGACGGCUCGGCCAAGGCGGGCUCCGACUACGAGUACAGCGAGGGGACGCUGGUGUUCAAGCCGGGCGAGACACAGAAGGAGCUGCGCAUCGGCAUCAUCGACGACGACAUCUUCGAGGAGGACGAGCACUUCUUCGUGCGGCUGCUCAACCUGCGCGUGGGCGACGCACAGGGCAUGUUCGAGCCCGACGGCGGCGGGCGGCCCAAGGGGCGGUUGGUGGCGCCGCACCUGGCCACCGUCACCAUCCUGGACGACGACCACGCGGGCAUCUUCUCCUUCCAGGACCGCCUGCUGCACGUGAGCGAGUGCAUGGGCACCGUGGACGUACGCGUCGUGCGCAGCUCGGGCGCGCGCGGCACCGUGCGCCUCCCGUACCGCACGGUGGACGGCACGGCCCGCGGCGGCGGCGUGCACUACGAGGACGCGUGCGGCGAGCUGGAGUUCGGCGACGACGAGACCAUGAAAACUCUGCAGGUGAAGAUCGUGGAUGACGAGGAGUACGAGAAAAAGGAUAACUUCUUCAUCGAGCUGGGCCAGCCCCAGUGGCUUAAGCGAGGGAUUUCAGCUCUGCUACUCAAUCAAGGGGAUGGGGACAGGAAACUGACGGCUGAGGAGGAGGAGGCUCGCAGGAUAGCAGAGAUGGGCAAGCCGGUUCUUGGGGAGAACUGCCGGCUGGAGGUCAUCAUCGAGGAGUCCUAUGACUUCAAGAACACGGUGGACAAACUCAUCAAGAAAACGAACUUGGCCUUGGUAAUUGGAACCCAUUCGUGGAGGGAGCAAUUUCUAGAAGCAGUGACCGUGAGUGCAGGGGACGAGGAGGAGGAGGAGGACGGGUCCCGGGAAGAGCGGCUGCCAUCGUGCUUUGACUACGUGAUGCACUUCCUGACGGUGUUCUGGAAGGUGCUGUUUGCCUGUGUGCCCCCCACUGAGUACUGCCACGGCUGGGCCUGCUUUGGGGUCUGCAUCCUGGUCAUCGGCCUGCUCACUGCCCUCAUUGGGGACCUCGCCUCCCACUUUGGAUGCACUGUGGGCCUCAAGGACUCUGUCAAUGCCGUCGUCUUCGUGGCCCUGGGCACCUCCAUACCGGACACAUUCGCCAGCAAGGUGGCGGCGCUGCAGGACCAGUGCGCGGACGCGUCCAUUGGCAACGUGACGGGCUCCAACGCGGUGAAUGUGUUCCUGGGCCUGGGGGUGGCCUGGUCGGUGGCCGCCGUGUACUGGGCGGUGCAGGGCCGCCCGUUCGAGGUGCGCACCGGCACGCUGGCCUUCUCGGUCACUCUGUUCACCGUCUUCGCCUUCGUGGGCAUCGCGGUGCUGCUCUACCGGCGCCGGCCGCACAUCGGCGGGGAGCUGGGCGGCCCGCGCGGACCCAAGCUCGCCACCACCGCGCUCUUCCUGGGCCUCUGGUUCCUCUACAUCCUCUUUGCCAGCCUCGAGGCAUACUGCCACAUCCGUGGCUUCUAGGCGCCACGCGGACUCAGCCUCGCCGGGACACAGCUCCAGGACUGGCCGCCGCCUCCUGAGACCCGGCCCGCCCUUCCCGGAGCCUUCGCCCCGAGCUCCGCCCCCAGGCUCUCAGCCCUGCCCCCUGUUCCUCGCUCCUGGAGAAAGAUCCACCUCCAGACUUCUCCCCAUCCUCCGGAACACAAUUUCUCUCUCCCCGGACAUCCAGAAGUCUCCCUUCUCCUGGUGACAUCCCAGGGCCUCUGGAGUCACCUUCCCCGGGGACCCUAGACCCCCAGGACGCACAGAUCUCGGUCCUUCCUCCACCCUGAGGGAGCUCCGCCCGCGCCCGGGGGGAGGGGGACGCACAUCUCUCUCCUGCUGUUUGCACUCCAGAUGGGGGGACCGAGGCUCGGAGGAAUCGGGGAUCCGUCCCGAAGCUCGCUGGAGGAGGCACGUUUGGCACCUGCAACUUCUCACAUUCCAGCGCCCCAAUUGCCCUCCACUACCUCUGCGUGCCCGCGCCUGGAGGGAGGGGUUGCGUGCGCGCGUGUGUACAUAGUGUGCGCGGGGAGGGGACGCGGGUGGGUGCAUGUCGUGGGAAAGGGUGACAGACUUUGCUUUGGAGAGAGGGCAGUAGACUCCCUCAACCUUGCCGGGAGUCUCCCCGGACAGCCUCGGAGGUUCAUUUCGCCCUCAGUGCCAGCCAGUCCGGGCAGGACCCUCGAGGAGCAGCCCGAGGGUCCCCGAGGACUAACACUACAAGCCAGCAAAUGCUGCCACAUCUCUGCCUGUCGGGGGGGCGGGCGGGCCUGGGUCUGGGGAGCAUUUUAAACUUUGGAGGCCGCCGUCUACCUGGUAGGCCGUCUGCAUUUUCUUACUGUUGAUGUUUCCUGCCUAAAGGACACACUUGGGGAGCGGGGAGUGCUCGUACUCCUUGUCACCCAAGGAUGACCCUUGCCAUCCCCAUAACCACCUGCUUCUUAUGGGUUUUUUUUGUUGUUGUUGUUAUUGUUGUUUUGCAUUCUAUUGUCCAGUUGUGCAUCCACUCGGGCACCCGGCCUCGUUACCACGCCCCUUCUCCCCAGCCAUCCGCAUCAGCCACCGUCUCUGUGAUUUCUGUAAAAGUUGCCAUAAAACUUUGAAAUUCUGCCUGAAAAAGUCUUCCCGCGGGAAGUGGGGGUUUCAGGAAAGGAAGGCUGACGAAGUCAUCUGACUCAGAUUUGGGCGACUGCGAAACAAACCGGAUUAAUCUGUGUAUUUAGGGGCUGGGGGUUUAGCUCAGCGGCGUAAGCGCCUGCCUUGCAAGCAGGCAGUCGUGAGUUCAAUCCCCGGUACCAAUAAAAAGGAAAAAGACAAAAAAAAAAAAAAUCUGUGUAUUUAAAGUGUCCCUUGGAGGGCACGCCCACUUGAAUCAAGGGCUCCAUUGGCCAGCCUCUCCUGCAGCCGGGCUCCGUUGGCCACGCCCCCAUCGAUCAGCGCAAACCGUGUCUUUUCUGGGGCAUUUUGGGAAUAAAACGAACCGGAAAGAGUCA